ACGCACGUACUCCCUCCCUCUUUCCCGACGAAAGGCGUGUAAGCGUGUGACGCGGAGCCGCGUUUGUGGCUCAAUACAGAGUUCAAAGAUGGCGGAGUACCUGGCCUCCAUUUUCGGCACAGAGAAAGAUAAAGUGAACUGUUCCUUUUACUUUAAAAUCGGAGCCUGUCGCCAUGGAGACCGAUGUUCCCGGCUUCACAACAAGCCCACCUUCAGCCAGACUAUUGCCCUGCUGAACAUUUACCGAAACCCGCAGAACACGGCCCAGUCUGCUGAUGGCAUGCGCUGUGCGGUGAGCGAUGUGGAGAUGCAGGAACACUAUGACGAGUUCUUUGAGGAGGUUUUCACGGAGAUGGAAGAGAAGUAUGGGGAAGUGGAAGAGAUGAACGUGUGUGACAAUUUGGGUGACCACUUGGUUGGGAAUGUAUAUGUGAAGUUCCGUCGUGAGGAGGAUGCAGAGAAGGCAGUGUUGGAUCUAAACAACCGCUGGUUCAACGGACAGCCCAUCCAUGCUGAGCUCUCACCUGUUACAGACUUCAGGGAAGCCUGCUGUCGCCAAUAUGAGAUGGGAGAGUGCACUCGAGGUGGCUUCUGCAACUUCAUGCACUUGAAGCCCAUUUCACGUGAACUCCGCCGGGAGCUGUACGGACGUCGCCGGAAACGGCACCGUUCCCGCUCCCGCUCCAGAGAGCGACGCUCUCGUUCUCGGGACCGAGGGAGUCGAGGUGGUGGUGGCGGCCGCGAUCGCGAACGUCGCCGGUCAAGAGACCGUGAGCGUUCUGGACGCUUCUGAGUUUGCGUAGUGCCACUCCUGCCCUGCCAUGAUGUGACCCGAGCCGACCCCACCCUCCUUGACCCAGCUCCAGUUUUUCAGCAGAAAAGUCACCUGACCAAGGACCCAUCUGAAAUGCUGGACUCUCCCUUCCCUUUCUAACACUGUUCUUUAUUUUUUUAAGAAACCAGGAGCUUGCUUUCUCAAUAAAAAAAAAUGACUUAGUGAUUCUAUAGUGGUCUGUUCUUAAAGUCUUAAUUUAGGAUAUGUUGUGAACAAAUCUUAUUUGUUGCAUGUUUUUCCAACUGGUGGGUGUCGUAUUUUAUCCAUGGG